CCGAUGAAGAAGAUGAUCGAUUAGAAGAUCAAAUAGAUAAUAAUUUGGAUGCACUUUCAUCGGGUUUGUCUAGAUUGAAUGCAAUGGCUGUGGCAUCAGGAGAUGAGAUUAGAAAACAAAAUGUUGUCCUCGAUCGUAUUUCGAAUAAGACUAAUGAUUUGGAUACUCGUAUUGCAGGAACAACUCAUAAAUUGAAAAAGAUUACAUAA